AUGGGUUCAACAACCAAUGUUGCCGAUUUCGCUCUUUGCGGAGAGGGCAUUCUAGGUGUUUACAGCUACAUGAACACCCCAGACGUGACGAAACGACUACAAGAAUCUAUAAUGAACGUAAAGAUCGAGUUCAGCAACUUCAAGGCCAUAACAGGCGAAGAUGUUAAGAACAUCAACGGCAAGCCAAUCGACCUUCCUGCUUUACGGGUCGAGUUCAUGUCCGCACAGCUAGAACUAUUCACCGAAGACGGUACAAAGUACAUCAAAGACCAAGUCGACUCUGCCAUGCCGAAAUACAAAGCCUGUCUGCAGGACCUGCGUCAGGCCGAAAAGCGAUGA